GUGAUGUAAUUCGUUAAAACGUCAAACAUCGACUUUUCGAUUAAAUCUUCUAAUAUCUUUUCUAUUUUGAUUCUUAUUUCUUUUCUUUCUUCAUCCUCUGAAAUCUCAUUAAACUAGGAUUUGUUUCUCUAUCCCUUAAGGUUGGUUGGUUUGUUAGUUGGUUAUCGAAGGACGAAGAACAUAGAUAAAAUAACAACAACAAGGACGAAAUAAAAACACAAAGCAACAAAAAGUUUCCUUAUUUCCGGGGAAUUGACAUCGAGGGAGAUCCCUCCCGUAGCCAUUGCCUCUAGCCAGCUGGCCUCCUUCAGAUUCAACACAAGUAAAGCAUAAAUGGCACUCACUGUGGAAAGCCUUAAGCCCAUCUUCCCGAAGUAUGAUUACAAGUACACCGAACGACCAAAAGCUGCUUGUGCCACAUAUCUCAGUGACAGGAAUCCGUUCAACAUCCCUCUGGCUAAUAAUGUAGGUGAAUAUCAAAUGGAGGAGAUGACACAGCCGUUGCGAGCAGCUUCGAACUGUGGGCAACAACUUACAACAACCACCUUCAAGGAUACCCACCAAGACUGGAAGGGCAAGUCCCGUGGGUUAUUUUUCCAUCAUCAUCCUCAUGGUGAUUUAAACGUCAACUGUGUUAAAUUAAGUGAAGACUGUAAAAGUCCUGUUCCGGUGAUUUGCAGGGAACGAACUAAAACUAGAUGUACUCAAACACGUUACAGAGAAUCUUCAGCUCAAACCCGACCAUAUCUGCCCGAAAUAGCCAAUAAUAAAGAAAACUACGAAAACUUCGAGGUCUAUCAGAUAUCAAAACUCAUAGAUAGUUAUCAACCACCUGGAGAAUAUGAAGCCAAAGUUGUGGAACGGGCUCGACGUCGUCGUAAAUAUGAACAAACCCUUAAGUUGCUCAAUACCAGAAAUAAAGAAAAACAUCAAUUUGUGGUUGAGGCAAUGGAAUGGGAAGAUUGGGUUGCCCGCGAGGAAUACAUCCAAGGAUGUCAAAUGCUUCGAAUGGAAAUUGUCGAAAAAAUGUUUCGAAAUCGUGAGGAAAAUCUUCGAAAAAUGUCCAUUCAAAGAAUCUCCCACAGCACCGCAAGAAUUGAAGCCAAAAGACAAGCGCAGUUGCAAAAAAUAAACAUCGAAUAUGAUCGAGGUAUGCGAAUUUUAGAAGCAAAGAAGCAGAAGGUCAAUAGAUGCUAUCGCAAGGGUAACAUCAUCCAAGAACAUAUUGAUCCGGCUUCAGAUUUACAUGCACCACAAAUGAGAUUUGGGGUUAAUCCGAAUCGAAGACAUUUUGUAGGCUUUCGGAAGCAUUUCGAUGAUAGAAUUGAUGAGUUGGAUAAACAGAGGGACGAUGGCAGCUUAUCUUCACUGGCAUGUCCAUUUAGAAAAUUGAAAACUUGGUCUAAACCAAAAGAACGAAUGAAAGAAGUCACUCAGAGAUUUUGCAGUGAUGAAAACUUAAAGAAUGUCUAUGAGAGUCUUAGGGGUAUUCGAAUUAAUCCGGUUGGGGAUUCGGAACGAGAUCCUAAGUGCCUUAAGAGGAAGGCAAAGACUGAUAAACCAAUAGAUACUUUAAAAGUUGUCCAAAUGCAAAUUUCCAUGGCAAAUCUUUAUAAACCUGAUGAUGAACCAAUUGACCCUGAAAUCAAGGUUAAGCAAGAACUUUCCGAAGAAACACAAGAAGUUACUACUCAGCCUAAGAUCGAUGAAAUUCCGUUUAAAAGUGAAGAUGAAAUAGCAAAUAUUCUUGGAGAAUUCGAAGGCACAACUCUGGGCAAGCUUCUUCAGUUCCUAGGUGACGAACUUGAACGGCUAAAACUACAAAAAAAAUUCCAAGCUAUUCAUUUGCUAGCCAAAAAGGAGCGUUGGUGGAGAGAGGCCGCUGAAGCUGGUCUUAGACAAAAGGAGAACAAACAGCGAGAAGAACAAAACGAACUCUUUGCCAAAGCCUACGAAACUCGUCAAGAUACCUCUUCAUUAUUCCUCGAAUCUGUUCUUGAAAGAGAAUUCAAUUUCACACAAGAAUCACUCGCAAGGCAAAAUAUUGCCGAACUUGCCAAACAAUUUCCCGAGUUUGAUCAAGAGGAACUGGAUCACAAGAUAAUGCUCUCACAGGGCAAAGAUAAAAACACUUAUGAUCUAAUGGUCGUGAGUGAUUUUGUGCGGAAUAACGUAUUAGCCGUGGCUGAGGAACGUUUUGCCAAGAUGAAAGUUGACAGAUUACAAGGAGCUUAUGUUAGAGUAAUCGAAGAAGAACUUUAUGCGAGUGUAGAGAAGGCUUUAGCCAUUGAGUUUCAAACUCCUGAAGCUGUUUGCAUUGUUGGAGAGGUUUUAGAUGAACUUAUUGACAAUGCAGUGACUUAUGAGUUUGAUAUAAUUUCCCCUUCGUCAUCUGAGAGUGAAUUUAAUACUCAGCUUGAAGUCAAUUAUAUAAUAAAUAAGCUUUUGGUUUUGGCAAUUAAGACGCCUAGUGAAAAAUCCGACUUCCUUGAUUCAACCGAUGUGGACACUAAAUUGACAGCUGAAAAAGAAGCAAAGGCACUGAUAAGAAAGCUAAUCAGAAAAACUAUUCCUCAAGAACGCUGGAAGCCCGAAAGCGAAAGAAUAGUUGAACAGACCUUAAGUGAUACAUUCAAUGAGGCCAUAAACGAAAUUGAAUGCCUCAAGGCUUCGCGGCAAGUUCAAGCUGAUGAUAGGCUUCAUGAAGUAAUUUCGGAAAUUUACCAUCGCAUGGCAGAAUGUUGGGGGAGAAAAUUCGAAAGUAAUAAAGCUCCAUCAAACUCGACCGAAGAAAGUUCACAAUCAGAAAUUUCCGGAGUUCUUCGUAGUGUUACAUCGAAUAUUGAUAUUUUUGACACUGGGUCAUUAUCAAGCCCUGAUGGAGCUAUAGCUGAUAAUGAGAGUGAAUCGUUGAUAAAAUUACACUACUUACACCCAAAGAAGGUACACAAUUAUGCGCGGGUUGAACUUAAUAGAUUGGAAGAAGAUUCACAAACAUCCGGAAAAUCCAACACACUAUCUACAAAACCUAUCUAUCCAGAUUUACCCGACAGCAGUGGAAAUCUGACAGAUAAUGGAGACGAUCGUGUACGUUUGAUGAGUGUAAGCUAUGAAAGAGAAAGUGCUUGUUUCGAAAAUGCAUGUGCUUUUCAAGGAAAACCACAGGAUAGUUGUGCGAGACCUGGAGAAAAUAGAAAGAGUUCUCCCUAAUAACUUCAAUUUAUUCUAGCAUAUGUUUGAGCAUUGCCAAAUUUGUUAUAUGGCACUGAUUGAAAAAUUAAA